UAUUGAUUUGGAUUUAAAACCACUCAAGCCAAUUCAUUUUGAAAAUUGUGAGCCUUUUCAACCUAAGCUCGAAAAUGUCUUACGUAGUUAACAAAUAAAUGUAUGUAUCGAGAUAGUUCCAAGGCAGUACUAUCGAUAAUAUUUCCCGUAUAAUCGGUAAUGUGCGGCCACUAGUUUUGCAACAGAUGAUUUUUAAAAAGUUAGAAGUGCGAAAAGUGAAAAUUGAAAAUCUGUUUGGCUAAAUCAACAUUAUUAAAACAAAUAAAAGAAAAAAGGAGUAGCAGCAAAGUGAGAAAAGGAGUUUUUGUACAAGAUGAGUAAGGUAAGCAAGCGUCACCUAAGGAGAAUAAUAAGUAGGGAAAGAAAAAAGAAUCGUAAAAAGUUAAGACUAGGUAGAAAUUACGCUGUGUCGACCGUGUCCACUGCUAGGAUUGCUGGAAAUGUAGAGGAGGUUCUACCAUAUGUGCCAAGUCGCUCAGUGGAAGUCCCAUUUCAGCAGAAAUUGAAAAUGUGGUCAAUUCGUAAUAAAAUAAGCCACAAAAGCCUUUCUGAACUGCUUGCACUUCUUGCAGCAGAAAAUAUUAAAGUACCUAAAAGUGCACAAUCUCUAUUAAGAAAUAAGCCCCAGUUAAUGGUGCAAAAUAUGAGCCCGGGACUUUUUUGUAAUUUUGGCAUUAAGGCGCAGCUAUAUAAAAUUGGGGAAAAAUUGCUUGAUUAUAACACCAUAAUUGCAGAUAUUCAUUUUUUUUAUGGAAACAAUUACUAAUUUUUCUUUUUUUCUUGAGCAUUUCAAAAAAUAUGGAGCACCAAAUCCCAAAACGUCGACCACAGCAAUUCCAAUGAAAAAGGCAAGAUAUGGCAUUGACACUGCCCACCUUGGACAAAACAUUAGUGUAUCCAGUGAAUGCACUAUAGAAUCACGUGGGAUCAGCGUUUCAACGUCGGCCACUAAAUAUACCAAUGAAUCCAACCAAGGCGUGUUUGAAGUUGUUUGCUGCAGCCACUGCAACACGUUUGAAAAGCAGUUACAGGAUAUUGGCAAAAAAUUAGACGACCUGCAAUUGAUAGUCGAAGCACAGAAUACUGCUAUAAUGGAUGCAAUAGCGGUCCAAAAGGUGGCGACUGAGCAAUUGAUUCGCCAAGAAUCAAAAAAUGCACCCAUCACAAAAUAUUUCCCAAUAAGUGACGUCCCAGAAAUGCAUCAGUUGGAGGAAAAAAUUACCCAUACUAACAGAGAUGUAUAUGAAUCUGCGAUGUCUGCUAUAUUAUGCAACAAUCUCAGAAAUAUAAGGCUGCUGUUAAAUAAGGACGUCAUAGCGUCAAUAAACGUGGAUGGUUCACAUGGAAAGAUAAGCUUAAAAUCUUUCCCAAAUUUUUAUGCUUCAUUGACUGGAGCCAUUGCCAAAUUACCAUUUAAGGGAUUGUCGCCGGAGGAAGCGCUGCGCAAAGCCAUUGCUUUCGAAAAAGCUAAAUGCUUUAAGAAAGCUUAUCGACAAAAAAAGAAGAAUUCUGCAUCUUAAACUACUACCCCUCUAAUUGUUUUUUUUUUUUUUUAAUAUAAAACUGCAAUAGUACAAAGUUGUAGUAUUUCAGACUUUAAAUUCUGACUUCUUAUUUCUGGACUGAAUUUUUCUUUUUUAUAAAAUUAUUUAAAAAAUGUGAUUUAUAAAACUCGUAAAGAAACCAGAACGAAUAUUUAUUUUAAAAUUUUCGCAGCUAAAAACUCACAAGAAAUAUUCUCCUAAAAGUUUGUAGCCCAUUUUAUUUCGUUUUUUUUUCUUAAAGAAUAAAUUUUGUUCAUGCGUUAUAUGAAAGCAAGAAAUCAACGCGAACUUUUUGAGUGGAGUACAAAACUGCGUAAACGAUUUUUUUAAGGUACAUUUUUUUAAAUUUUGAUGAUAAUUUCUUUCAUGAGUUUUGCAAAAAUUUUGAUUUGUCAGAUUUAUGUUAGAGAAGCUGUAUUUAAAGUGUUUAAAGUCAAUUAAAUAAAAAUACAUAUUUUAAAACGAAGGCUUCGGAUAAAAUUUAUCUUAAUUGUUAAAGGGAUUUUAGAGGUUUUAUAACAACUGGUCUCAUUCUGCUACCAUUGCGACCUACAAAGCGACUAGUCCCUUUUUAUACCCAUUUGGGUAUAAAUGGGUACAAUUAGUCUCUUCAUAGGACAUGCUCGAACAAAAGGGAACAGUUCAGUCCAUACAAAGAGAUGUAAAGUGGGAUUAGUCGCAUGUUCCUUUGCGACUAAUCCCGGACACAUCCCGGACUAGUCGCAUUUUUUGCAGGGCUUGUAUAGCUAUGAACAAUACACACAAACAGUGCAGUGAAUAUUAAAGUGAAGUGAAACAGUGGAAACAAAACAUUGCAAUCCGCGUUGUGACCAAACUUCAACUCAGCAAUGACUUUACCUAACCCUUCAUUCCUGAACAAGGGUGAGCUUACCGCUCUUGCUCAAUCCCUUCGUUAAUACCUGCUCUCAAUAGAGGAGUGCCUCCGACUCCCCGAACGCCGACGACGCUACCACCUCCUCCUCUCCCGAAAAUGAACAUAAUUGACGACUUCCUGUCAUCAUCCUCAUCCGACGAAGGCGAGGACCUCGCGCCCCUUAACCCUGGUCGAGACCAACGGUC